CCACUCAUGAUUUUUCUCAUGGAUAUUAAUUAGCAUUAGUUUCGCCUGCUAGAGUUUAGAGUUACUUCCCUUCUAUCCAGUGGUGACUAAACGAUCCAGUUCAACUUCUUGAAGAGAGAAACUUUAGAGAAGUGUUUUGUUGUUUACAUGGAUCGUUUCGAGUGGAGCGACGGCCAGCUGGCUGAAGAUGAAGUGUUCGUCUUCCAAAGAAGUGGAGUAGCAUUAUAUGAUGGUCAAGAGAAGACUCCCUUUGAAAGCGGAACUUUGAUGUUAACAACUCACAGAUUAAUUUGGAGAGGUGCUCAGAACAAUAAAUAUAUCUUAUCGUUACCCCUUUCUUUAUGUGUAUACAUCGAAGAGCAUCCUUCAAGAUUUGCUCGAAGUGCUAAAAUAGUGACCCAUCUUCAUGAACCGUCUCCAAACAAACCGUCAGGUCCCAUGUCACAAAGCUCAUCUACAUAUGUCAGAUUUUCAUUUCGAGAGUCCGGUGAAAAAGAGUUCUUCAGAUAUUUCAAAGAACAACUUGAGGAAAGAAAAUUUGAGAAACCUUCUUUGGGAAUUUCUCAAAUCACAGUAACUUCUCCACGGCACCGUCCUGGCAUCAUUGGCAUAGAAAGAGCUAUCCAAAAGAAACAAGAGGACACAGAUAAAAACAUCUCACGAGCUUUUGAAGAUUUGAGUAAUUUGAUUGAAAAAGCCAAAGAGAUGGUGCUUAUAUCGAAUAUGAUUGCCAAUAAGAUCAAAGAGAAACAAGGGGAUGUAACUGAAGAUGAGACCAUUCGCUUCAAGUCCUAUUUACUGAGUAUGGGUAUACCAAAUCCUGUCACCAGAGAGACACAUGGAACUGGUGACCGUUAUUAUCUCCAGUUGGCACAGCAACUUAAUGACAUCUUGAAAAAGCCAAUUGCUGAAUGUGGUGGAAUGAUGACACUCACCGAUGUCUACUGCCGAGUUAACAGAGCUCGUGGAAUGGAGUUGUUAUCACCUGAAGAUUUGUUACAUGCUUGCGAAAUCAUGGAAUCCUCUGAUCUAGAUAUCAGGUUACGUAUUUUUGACAGUGGUGUUAUGGUGUUACAGAGUCAGUCCCACAACGAAGAACAAGCCAUUGAGCGGACUAUAGAGAUGGUGGAACAGAAUGGUUCUUUAACUGCUGAAGAACUCUCACAGUGCAUCGGUGUUUCAGUCAUUUUAGCCAAAGAAAGAUUGCUUUUCACAGAAAAGUUUGGUGGGAUUUGUCGAGAUGAAUCUAUUGAAGGUCUGAGAUUUUACCCAAACAACUUUCUCAACAAUGAGAUGAGCUGAGCCAAGGAUACUGCAUUCUGAUUUGAUACAUUUACCUAAUAUGGAAUUAUCCAUGUCUGUUUAUACUAUAAGCAUUCAAUCAACCAUGUUUAUUUCUGUGUCUUGUUUGCAUUAUGCUGUAUUUAAUAAAAAUGUACCAUGUAUGCAGUUGUAACAGCAUUUCAGUGUUAUUAGUCUAUACAAGUCCCAUGUAUUGAAACCUUAAUGAAAUUGUUUGUAUUGUUGCUGUAUAGUUCAAGGUCAACUCCUAUCGAAUAGUGUCAUGAUCAGUGACAUUCCAUCCAUGAUCAACCUGUCUUUUUUGUUUUCCCAAGCAUAGUUAAUCAUUAUUGUCCAUGUUUUUCUAAAUACUAGUCAAAACAGGAAAGAGCAAUGUCAUUGACCUUUUCAAACACUCCUAGGCUGUUGGAAUUUGUGCAGCUGAUGCCAAGAUUGAUCUUCUACAAGACAUAUGAAGGCUAGAAGGAGGGAACCAGGGUGUAGUUAGAAUGUUACCAAAGCAUAUAUUUGUGUGAAUGAUUGUUGCUAAAGCAUGUUUUUGUGUGAGUGAUUGCUGCUGAUGUUUAACCCCCAAAUCAACCCUCAGAAAGCAGACCUACGACCAAAAAAAUUGUAGCUAUUGUCUUUCUAUGUAUGUGGAACUACAUUAUCUAGCAUUGUUUUUUUUAAGAUGUCAGUUUGUAAUUUGAGGCAGAUUAGGUUUAGAGAUUUCAAGCAGGUUGAUUGUCUAUGUAUAGGCUCCACCAAUGGCUCAAAAUGUCUGUAGAUGAAUGUGUGUGAUGUCACAAUAAUUGAAAUGUUUAUAGAACACCUUUAUAUAAUAUUCCUCUGUUAUGAGGUUCAUCCUAUGUGAUGACAGUUCUCAUGCUGUCUGAUCUUUUUUUACCUAUUUAAUGUCACACAACACAAUCCUAUGUGUUGUCACUAAUACACUGUUUCAAUAAAAUGUUAUAAGCCUUUA